GGUUAUACCAGCAUUAUGCGUUCAUUGUACAUUAGUGCAAUACAUCAAUAAUUUUUCGAAACAUUUUAUCAUGAAUUGGUUUUUUAAGUGCGGUAUUUUUAAGUCGAAUUGUGUAUUUAUCUAAUAUUGUUUAUGCACUCCAAUAUUUGACUGAAAACAAAAUGAAGCUGGUAAACCUGACUGUACCCCGCACCAUGGCGGGUUUAGCUGAAAGGUUAUCAGGUAUUAUGCCAACGCCUAGCACACGAGGGCGAAAAGGAUGGUGUGGUUGUCUACAGGAUGAUGAACCUCCAGAAAUCACAUAUUGUGUUGUAGAUAACUCUGGUACAUUAUCACUUCAGACGAUGACUCCCACACUUCCUAUGCCAGAAAAGUCCGAACUGGAUAAGCUAUUUGCCGAGUUAGUUGAAGAACUAGAUCUUACUGCUCCCAACAAAACUGCAAUGCUUGAACUUCCAGCUGAAAAGAAAUGGCAAAUUUAUUGUAGUAAAAAAAAAGACCAAGAAAGUACAACAGAUUUAUCUCAGUCUCCAGAUCACUAUAUUCAAAGUAUAGGGACAUUAUCUGGAGAUAAAGAUAUAAAUGAAAACAUGAGUUUAUUUGAUUCAUUAAAGACAGCUCUUAGAACUCAACCCCACAGUUUUGUGCUAAGAUUUGUUCAAGCUGAUGGUCUAGUUACUCUAUUAGAAGUUUUAUCUUCUAUGGAUUAUGACACUCAACAAGGUUCAAUGCACACAUCAAUUAUUGGAUGUAUUAAAGCUCUGAUGAAUAAUUCAACGGGAAGAUCUCAUGUUCUUGCUCAUCCUAGUGCUAUAAGUACUAUUGCUAGAAGUUUAAUAACUGAAAAUCCUCGCACUAAGGUAGCCGUUCUAGAAAUUCUUGGUGCAUCUUGUUUAGUUCCUGGAGGUCAUAAAAAAGUAUUGGAUGCUAUGACUGAUUACAGAGAUUAUGCACAUGAACGUGCUCGAUUUCAAGGAGUAAUUAACGAUUUAGAUAGAAAUACUGGCAUUUAUAGAGAUGAUUUAACAGUAAAAACUGCUAUUAUGUCAUUUAUUAAUGCUGUUUUAAGUUAUGGUCCUGGACAAGAAAGCUUAGAAUUUAGAUUACAUUUGAGGUAUGAAUUCCUACAACUUGGACUAAAGAAUAUUAUAAAUAAACUAAGAGAACUCGAAAAUCAAACAUUAGAUCGACAUAUGGAUUUCUUUGAAAUGGUUCGAAAUGAAGAUGAAAAAGAGUUAGCUAGAAAAUUUGAGCAGGAACAAGUUGAUACACAAAGUGCAACAUCAAUGUUUGAUUUAAUUCGUAGAAAAUUGAGUCAUUCUCCUGCAUAUUCUCAUUUUCUAUCACUUUUACAACAUUUCUUACUAUUGCCAUUGGAUUAUGGAAGUUUACCUCAACAUUGGCUUUUAUUUGAUCGAAUUGUGCAACAAAUCACUCUACAAACUGACUCUGGUAUUGAUAACGAUGUAUCACCCAUCAAUAUAAAUGUGAAAGAAAUAGUUCAACAGCUAGCAAAGGAAGAGGAACUUGCUGCUGCUAAAAACAAAGCAGAAGAAUUGGAAAAAGAAAACAAUAACAUUGUUGCUAUAUUAGCCAAGAAAGAACAAGAACUAGAUUUGAGAAAUCAAGAAAAAGAAGAUAUGGAAGCUAGUAUUGCUAGGCUCAAAGAACGUUUAGAAAAAGAGCUUUCCACUCAUUUAGAAACUAAACAGAAAUUAUCAGAAUUAGAAGAUACAACUAGUGAACUGCAACAUCGUAUAAUGUAUGAACAAGAAGAAAGAAGAAAAUUAGAAACAUUAUUGAAUAAUGGAAGUUUACCUGACGAUGCCAAAGUUAACUUAGGUUCUUCUUCUUUGUCUGUACCUAUUCCACCACCUUCACCUCCAUCGUUGCUCAAAGUCCGUGUUCCAGUUCCUCCUCCAGUACCUCCACCAGCCCCUCCUUUACAGUUUCCUACACCUAAUCUUCCACCACCACCUGGUUGUUUACCUCCUCUAGUCAGCAGACAAAGAUCUGUAGAAAUUCCUAAGCCAACUGCACCAUUAAAAUCAUUUAAUUGGUCUAAAUUACCAGAAACUAAAAUAGCAGGAACCGUAUGGGCUGAUAUUGAUGAAGGAAAAAUGUAUUCAUCUAUUGAUCUUGAGACUGUUGAUAAACUGUUUUGUGCAUACCAAAAUCAAAAGAUUAAUGGGACAGUUAAUGAAGAAUUGUCUGAAGACACGAAACAACCAAUUAAAAACAAAGCUAAAAUUUUGUCUGUAAUUGAUGGGCGAAGAGCUCAAAAUUGCACUAUUUUACUGUCAAAAUUAAAAAUGUCUGAUGAAGAAAUAGCUAGGGUUAUACUGGACAUGGAUACUAAAGAUAUUUUUCCAUUAGAUAUGGUUGAGCAACUUCUAAAAUUUACACCUGGACCAGAUGAAGCUGCAUUACUGGAAGAACAUAGCUAUGAUUUGGACAGUCUAGCUAGAGCUGAUCGUUUCUUAUAUGAAAUAUCAAAGAUAGCACAUUAUGAACAGCGACUUAGGAGUUUAGUUUACAAAAAAAAAUUUGUGACUUGGACUGGAGAAGUUGAAGGUAGAGCAAAAGUUGUGAUGGAAGCAUCAAGAGAAGUUGCUCGAUCUAGACGUCUUCGAAAGUUAUUAGAAUUAGUAUUGGCACUUGGAAAUUAUAUGAAUAAAGGAGCAAGGGGAAAUGCAUGGGGCUUCCGAUUAUCAUCACUUAAUAGAUUAUCUGAUACAAAAUCAAGUUCUGUACGUGGCACCACUCUAUUACACUUUAUUGUGGAUAUGGCUGACAAAAAGUUUAAAGAUGUUUUACUUCUGGAAGAAGAUAUACCUCAUGUUCGUGAGGCUUCAAAAGUUAGCUUGGCAGAACUUGAAAAAGACAUGUCACAAUUGAGAAAUAAUUUAAAGGAAGUUGAACGUGAAAUAGAAUUUCAGAGAGUUCAACCAGCAGUGCCUGGUGACAAUUUCUUACCAGUCAUGAAAGAAUUUUUAACCACUGCUACUUGUAGAUUUUCUGAGCUUGAAGAUUUAUUUCAAGAUAUGAAAACAAGAUUUGACAGGGCUGUUAGAUUGUUUGGUGAAGACAACUCAACAAUACAACCAGAUGAUUUUUUUGCUAUUUUUGACUCAUUUUUAACUGCUUUGGUUGAAUCUCGUCAUGAUAAUAUUAACAUUAAAAAGAGACGCGAAGAAGAAGAAAAAAGAGCUCGUCAGGAAGGAGAGUUGAAAAAGUUGACAUUAGAUCGUAAACACUGUAAAGAGGGUAAUGGAGUAAUACCAAACAGUUCUACAAGUCGACGAGCAGGUACUCAAGUUUCCAUUAAUGGAACUUCUGGAGAAAAAGCAGAAUUUGAUGAUCUAAUUUCAGCUCUAAGAACUGGAGAUGUUUUCGGAGAAGAUAGCAUGGCUAAGAUUAAGCGAAGUAGAAAGUCUCGACAUUCUCCUCCAACUAGGGAGCAUAGUCGAGAUAGAGUAUUAAAUGUCACUCGACAAAAAUAAUAACUUGAACAAAAGCAAAAAAUAUUUGUGAAAAUAAAUAAUAUUGUUAGUUUGAAAUUUAUAUCCUUAUAUUGAAACAUUAUUGCAAAAAUUUUUUAUUUUUACUUAAAACGUUCUGUGAUAUACAGUUUUUUUUUUUAAUAUCAAAAUUCAUAUAAUUGACUUUGCUGAAAUUUCAGCUAAAUAAUUGAAUCUUAUCUUUAUUUUUCUUGGUUUAUUUAUCAAUUUUAAUUAUUGUUUGUAUUUUUAUUAUGGAAUGUAAAUUAUUUAACUAUUAAUAUUAUAAUUGUAUAAUUGUGCAAAAUUGGACGGUUGUAAAACAUAAAUUAGUGAAUUUUAUAUUUGUUCAUUUAUACAUUUAUACAUUUAGUUGUACUAUUAAAUUAUUAUAAUAGUUUA